AUGUCCGACGUAGACGAUGACUUACUGCUAUUCGCUGGCGAGGCCUCACAAGAUGAGGAUGAAACACCAGAAAAAACAUCACACGAAAACUUGGGCAUAUCUGAUUUGAAGACAUCGGGUAAGGCGAGCAAGAAGAAUAAGGGAACAAAUAGACGUCACAAUGACUCAGAAGAAGAGGGUGAAGCAUCGUCUGGCCAAUCGGCUCCAAACUCACCACACUCCAGAUCUAUAGAUCACUCAGAUUCGGAUUCGGAUGUUGCACCAGACUUUGCAGAAGAUGUUGAUAAAUAUCCUAUCGAUGGCAAAUUCAUAGACUCUGCAGAUAAAUCCAAUAUUAUGAAUAUGCCAGAAAUCGAGCGAGAACAGAUUCUUGCCGAUCGUGCAACCGAAGUUGAAAGAGAGCGACAAUCUCGUCUUAUGAAACAAAUUCUCAAAUCCCGAGAGGCAGACAUGAGAAAGAGUGAUAAAAAACGGAAAAACUCAGUCUCCGAGAUGGAAGGUGAUCAGCGAAAAGGAUCCCGCCAACGAACGAAACUUGGAGGAGUCAAAGUUGGAGAAACAAGCUCUGGUAUCGACAACUUGAAACGUGCGAGGGCGGAGAAAACAGACCGUCAACGUAGACGUGACGAAGAUAAAGACCGAAGUAGGGACUGGCGUCCAAAUAAUAGCUAUGAAAAUGAAGCAGACGGGGAAAGUGAAGUAGAGUGGGCCGAUGGAAACUCCAAAAACAAGAGGUCUACUCCUCCAGAUAGGAAAGAUACUGAGCCUGCAGGUCUACACGAUAUUGAGCGAGUCCGGGUUGGGAGGUCAAGAUUCGCUCUAGUAUGCUUCUAUCCAGGAUUCGAGCAAGCCAUAACAGGAUGUUUUGUAAGGAUUAGUAUCGGAAUAGACAAAGCUACUAGGCAAAAUAUAUAUCGAAUGGCGCUCAUAAAAGGCUUCGUAGAGGAUAGACCGUACGCAAUGGAAACUCCGAAUGGAAAGCAUUUUAAAACAACACAAUACAUACGCGCCGCUCAUGGGACAGCUGAGCGAAACUGGCCGUUUAUUACCUGUUCUGAUUCUGCCUUUACAGAGGGCGAGUGGUCUCGGUAUGAAAAGGCGUGUAAAGCUGAAAAUGUCGCCCUGCCUACGAAAGCUAGACUUUCGGCAAAAAUUGAUGACAUCAAUAACCUUGUUAAUCGCUCCUGGACAGAAGCUGAGCUUCAGGAGAAACUUACAAAAUCAGGAGCUCUAGUCAACAAGUACAUACCUAUUGAGCGAAAUCGGUUGAAUAAUUUAAUUAAAGAAGCUAAAGCCUGUGAUGACGAGCAAAAGGUAGCCAAAUUCCAGAGAGAACUCGAAGAAUUGGAUGGCCCAAAAUUAGCCUACAGUACAUCUAUGAGGCCAUCCCCCAAAAAAUCUGGCUCUUCAGGUCUAAGUGAACAAGAACGUCUCGCAAUUCUUAACCGUGAGAACCGAAGAAAGAAUGCCGAGCAAGUACGUCAAGCGCAGAUUAAUGAGCGUCGUGCUGCUAAAAAGGCUGAGGCUGCCAUCGCUCGAGGCGAAAAUAUUACUGAAGAUCAUUCCAGGCGUGUGAAAACACGAGCAAAGUUAAAGCACGAUAUUGCAGAUAGCCACAGUUAUCGAAGGGCGGAAGGUACGGAAGCAAUUUCUGCAGAAUCUUCGGUCCUCUCCUCGGAGCAGGAAGUCGGUCUUAAAUCAUAUUUGACAAAUCUCGCUGCAGAAAGUAAACCAGGAAUGGCUUCGAUUAGGAGGCCUUUAAUGGAUGACGAUAUAAUUGGUGCUAUUGACCUAGGUAUUGAUCUUGAGCUGUAG